AUGUCCUCGAGCGCCCCGCCACUCUCGCCGACGAGCCAGCCCGAUGCGAAGCGCAUGAAGAUGCAGGAUGACCAAGGCCAGGAAUACCACAUCAUCCUCUUCUACAAGUACGUCCAGGUGCCGGACCCGCAGGCGGAGAAGGCGGCGCAGCAUGCGCUCUGCACCGAGCUCGGGCUCCUCGGCCGCUCGCUUGUGAGCAACGAAGGCAUCAACGCGACGUUCGGCGGGCCUCUCGACAAGAUCAACGCGUACGUGGAGGCCAUGAUUGCGCACCCGGUCUUCGCCAUGAGCAUCGAAGACUUUAAGCGCAGCAUGGUCGUCGACAAGGCGCCGUUCGCCGAGCUCGUCAUCAAGGACGUCAAGGAGAUUGUCAACACGGGCCGCAACAUCGUGCCGCCGGCGGUUACCAUGACGGACGCGGAGCGCGGGUACCUCACGCCGCAGCAGUUCCACGAAGCGCUAGCCAAGAAGGACGAAAAGCCCACGAUUGUGCUGGACGUUCGCGCCCACAAGGAGUUCCUCGUCGGUCACUUCAAGGAUGCGGUGGACCCGCAGGUCAAGAACUUUUCCGAGUACUACGCGUUCUUAGACCAGCGCAUUCCCAAGUUCAAGGAAGAAAAGACGACCGUGCUCAUGUAUUGCACGGGCGGUAUUCGCUGCGAGAAGGCGUCCCAAUUCCUCCGCAGCAAGGGUAUCAAGGACGUCCACCACCUCAAGGGCGGCAUCCACCGGUACCUUGAACAGUUCCCGGACGGCGGCUUCUUCCAGGGCAAAAACUUUGUCUUCGACAAGCGGGUGCUCAUGGGGCCCACGACGGCUGAUGUUGUUGGCUCGUGCGUCUCGUGCUCGACGCCGUACGAUGCGUUCAACGGCGUCAAGGUCUGCAGCGUGUGCCGGGAUCUCGUCCUCGUCUGCGACCCGUGCUUCCAAACGGCGCACGGCGAAGUGCACUGCCUCGAACAUCGCUACCUCAAGGACUGCUAUUUUACGUUCCUGCAGUACUUUAGCGCUGCCGAACUCGAGGCGCAGGUGGCCGGCCUCGAAGGUGUCCUCGCGGCGCUUCUCUCCGAACCCGAAAAGCAAAAGCGCAGCCAGAACCGCCGCCGCACCGUGCGCAAGCAGCUCGAGAAGGUCAAGGCGCGCCUUGCGCUCGUGCAAGAAAACCCGUCGGCUGUCGAAACGUGGACCAAGGUGCACUGCCGCACGUGUGGCUCCACCGACUGCGAAGGCACGUGCUGGGGCUUCUGGAACGAAGUGCAGUAA